AUGGCUAUUCCAGAAUUUCAGUAUGGGCAAAAUCCGCGCUACUUUGAGGAGUAUCUCGAUGAACUUCGCGAGUUUCUGCAGUUUUCACCAAGCAUUCGUGAAGAGGGGAACCACAUUAUGGAGAUAAAAAAGAUGGAGCGUGGCAGUACUGUCUGCAUACAUACACGACGAACAGAUUUUGUUGCGCUCAAUAUAGCUACAGAUGUCAACCAAACAAUGGAAGCGGCUGAUCAAAUUGCUGGUGAUUAUAAAACGUUUCGUUUUAUGAUAUUUGGAGAUGACAAGGUAUUCAUGCAAGACUUGGCAAAGAUAAUGUUAGAGAAUGGGAAAUGGGAAAAAGGUGGCGGUUCCAUUUCCAACGCCAGCGAGGGAGUUGAGUUAUACUUAUCAUCGCAAGUGUGUCGUGCCUUCCUUUUGACCGCUGUCACCUCGACAUUCGGAUGGUGGCUAGCGUUCUUCGCUCUCGACCAGAGCGCUGUUUUUUACGUCACCGAUAACAGGACGCAAAACGGCAAAGAACCAAGUAGAGAACUCUUCCUG